CCAACAUGGAUGUUUCUACUGUUCUUACACCACCUUCUUCACCCAUUUGUGCUUUACAACAUUAUGAAUGUGCAGUUUGUAAGAUCUUAUACAAAACUAAAUCUGGUUUAACACAUCAUAAUACUAUUGUACAAAAAUACAACUUGCAACAUGAAGGAUUGUGCAGAUUGCCUUCUGAUGUGAUAACUGAGUUUAAAGCAUUUCUUGUUCAUGUUAUUCAAAGCAAACUUAAAGAACAUUUUUCUCAAUUGAGUAGACAAGCUAUUUCCUUUCCUUGUUUGGAAAGUUUGUUUUUUGGAGUUUUUGAAGGGUAUAUUCAUUAUUGUAACUAUCGUUCUGGUGAUUAUAAGUGCUUUUUCCAAGGUCUUGAUGCAUACACACAAAUAGCUAAUUUACUUGGCAACUCAAAUUGGGGGCACAAAUUUUUUGAUAAUGACCAACAAACCUUUGUUAUGUUAUUUGAUGCAAGGGUAUCAUUAGCUGAAGGAAAUUAUUUGAAAGGCUCUUGGAGAGAUGUGUUGACAUGUGUUAGUCAAUUAGAAAGAUUUCAAUUGAUCAGUACUGGCGUGGAUCAAACUACUGUUCCUGAUUUGUUUAAUGCUAGGAAGCAACCACGAGUUUCUUUAGAAAGUACUCUUAAUCGUUCUAACUCAUCAAAAAAAUCAUUAUCCAUAAGGAAUUCUACACAGAUCAUGUAUGCUGAAGAUGUUGCAUUAGAAAGUAGAUCAUCUCAAGUAGUAGUUGCUGUUGAUAGAAUAUUUAAUUUUGUUAGCUCAUUGAGUAGUGUGUCUUGGGAAGAAAUCCAAUCGUCGUCGAUGGCAGAACACCCACGUAUAUUCAGUUUACAAAAGAUUGUGGAAAUUUCCUAUUAUAAUAUGGGUCGUAUUAGAAUGGAAUGGUCAAAUGUUUGGGCCAUUCUUGGUGAACAUUUUAAUCAAGUUGGAUGUCACCCUAAUAUUAAUAUUGGAUUUUUUGCUGUUGACUCAUUACGACAACUUGCAAUGCAAUUUUUACAUAAAGAUGAACUACCACAUUUCAAAUUUCAAAAAGAUUUCUUAAGACCUUUUGGUUAUAUUUUAGCAAACAAUUCAAAUAUUUCAAUAAAAGAUAUGAUAUUAAGAUGCAUUCAACAAAUGAUCCAGGCAAGAUCUCAUAAUAUCAAAUCUGGUUGGAAAUCUAUAUUUGGAGUUCUUACAGCUGCUGCAAAAGAACCUCACGAGAGUAUCGUGGUUUUGGGGUUUUGGCUGAGUAGAUUGGUAAUCCAAGACCAUUUUGAUAAAAUUGUAUCAAACAGUACAUAUCCUGAUCUUAUGGUUUGCCUUAGUGAAUUUUGUAAGAAUAAACGAUUUCAAAAGACAAGUCUUCAAGCAAACGAACUCAUAUGUCAAUCAAUACCUAAAAUGAUUGAGGAUCCACAUUACCAAUUAAAUGGUCAAGCUAGUGUUAAAUCAAUUACCAAUGAUGAUCCAUUAUUUAAAUUUUGGUAUCCUUUAUUGUUUGGAUUUCAUGACAUCAUAAUGAAUGGGGAAGAUUUAGAAGUUAGAACAAGAGCCCUAAAUUCAAUGUUUGAUACUCUUAAGAAAUAUGGUUCAACGUUUUCUUUAGAAUUUUGGGAUGUCAUAUGUCGACAAAUCCUUUUUCCAAUUUUUGGAAUUCUGAAGUCAAAAUCGGAUAUUACAAAGUUAACAAAUCAUGAAGACACAAGUGUAUGGCUGUCCACAACAAUGGUACAAGCACUUCGUAAUAUGAUUGAUUUAUUUACAUUUUAUUUUGAUAUCCUUGCAAUCAUGAUGGAUGGAAUCUUGGAUUUGUUAAGCUCUUGUAUAACCCAAGAUAAUGACACAUUAGCACGCAUUGGCAGUUCAUGCUUACAACAAUUAAUAGAGGCUAAUGUGAAAAAAUUGCAACUGGAUCACUGGGAAAAAAUUAGCAUAAUGUUUGUUAACUUGUUUGAGAAUACUACAACAUAUAAAUUGCUUGAUGAGGAUCAUUAUUUCAUCAAGGCAGCUAAUAAAAUUUCAGAGAAAACUAAUGGUGAUAUUAAUUUAUAUCCAGAAGAUAAUAAGGCUGGUUUCAAUGUUUCAACUGUACCAAGGACUCAAGAAUUUAAUGGAAUCAUUGUAAAUUGUUUAUUGCAAAUACUUCUUAUCGAUACUAUUGAUGAACUAUUGAACAACGUAAUUGUGUAUGAAUCAAUGCCAGCAAUUCACCUAUUGAUAAUUUGUGAAUGUUUAGAAAAAUCAUAUUUAUUUGCACAAAAAUUUAAUGAUAAUAGAGAUUUAAGGGUUGCUCUAUGGAAAAUAGGGUUCACAAAACAGUUACCAAAUUUAUUGAGACAAGAAACAAGCAGUGCUUCUACAUAUUUUAAGCUAUUAGUAAAAAUGUAUUUUGAUAUAUCAAAAGAUCGUCAAGAAAAAAGAACAGAAGUUCAAGAAAAAUUAAUAUUAUUUUGUGUACAAGUAUUUGAACAUUAUAAUUCAUUUAAUCCUGAAUCACAAAAAAGAAACAUCAAUGCUUGGACACCAAUAAUAACUGAAAUUUUAAAUGUUUUUAAUAAUCUAAAAGACAAUGAUGUGAGUAUAUAUUUUUGA